CAGCUAAAUAAACCUAAGAGCAGUUAAAAGACGAAGAAGAGCUAAAAGCUGAGUAGAAUAAUAGAGUUAAAAGCUGAAAAUGCUGACAUUUUAUUGUGAUCGGGAAAGUUUACAUAUGAGAAAGAUAUGAAAGUGUCGUAUACUUGUAAUCUUAAAAUGAUGUGAGCUUGAUUCAUUUAAAAACUAUUGACUUCUGUAUCAAUGGAGUUUCCACGUUUAACGAGUUAUCUCCGUGCAUUCAGUGACGUUGCUGCUCCGUGGGCUGGAAAUUAUAACUAUGAUCCAGAAUCAUUAAUAAAGAAACGAAAAGAGCUGAGAGAAUAUCAUGCGAAGUUUUCCUUGGAUAGAGUAAAAGAAUAUAUGUAUAAAAAUUCCACUCAUUAUUCUGCUGCUGAAAUUAAUGAGAAGUUUAUGGAAUUAAUGGACAUUGCUAAGAAACUAGCUGGGUCCGAGGCAAUAUCACCUUUGGUUCUGGAAGAGUUUAUCGUGUAUCUCAUCGAAGUUUUUCGCAAUUGCACGGCCAUAGGACACAAGGAGAAACUUCAGCUUCGAAGUAUGUUUGGCGUUGUUCGUCCUCCCCUCGACGCGAAGGCCUUCGACUGCGUCCAGAAAUUGAUGGGUUUUUUAGACUCUGACAUCAGGGAGAAGUAUCAGGAAUACGGUUUUGCGAAGAGUGAUAUUGGUUUGAUGGAAGAGGAAUUUGGAACAAAAAUAAAAUUCUUUCACCAAGUGCCCCUUGACGAAAGUUUCUUUGUGAUCCCUUUUAAACUUUCUCCGAUUGAAAAGAACCGCAAUGUGUUCAAUAGCUUGAGCUUUAAAUUCCAUUCCGUGGAACAUUCAGAAGAGCCACCAGAGUUGAGAAGAGUUAUACUUCCUCCUCAAAAGUUUGAUCGAUGCUGGCUGGAAAAUGUGCUAGAGAAGUCUCUUAGGACUACUAAUCUGUCGUCUACUGAGCUGGCAAUCUCAGUUUUUCAACUUCUAAAAUCAUCCAGGUCAAGUGAUGAACUACAGAAUGAACUCUUUGAUCUUCUUGGCUUUGAAUGUAUUGAACUUAUACAGACAAUUUUGCAUCAUAGGAGUGAAAUUAUUUCAACCAAAUCUCAUGAAGAAUCUUAUAACAAUGAGAAACAUCCUUCUUACACGACACAAGUUACUAUUCAGUCUGAAACAGAGAAAUUGCUAUGCAAGCAAAUUCGUAAGGAUGUAAGGAGGAUAAAUAAAGAAAAAAGUCGACAAACUGAUGACAACACGUUUAAUUUAGAUGCUCAGAAAUUAAAGCAACUACGGAUGGAGGCUUUGGUAGUGGAACAAACUACGCCCAUCUUUCGCCACAAGUCUUCAUCAUCCGCUUAUAACAACACAUCCAUGUUUCCAAAUGUUUAUGAUAGAUAUAGUGAGAUUCAGAUGAAUGCCUCUUUCAUUGGUGGAAAGCAGUUGAGAAUACCUUCUGAUGCUAAACAUGAUAAUAACUCAGUUUAUGAAGAGAUUGUUAUUCCAGCCACUGUAUCCAUAGCUAACCAAUUGCCUGUUGACCUUGUGCAGAUUUCAGCCUUAGAUGAAAUUGGCCAAAAGGCGUUUCAAAACAUCACGCAACUCAACUGUAUUCAGUCUAUGGUAUUCAAAACGGCUUACGACACAAAUGAGAACAUGCUUGUGUGUGCCCCGACUGGUGCCGGGAAGACCAACGUUGCCCUCCUGACUGUUGUUCACGAAAUCCGGCAGAACAUUCAAAAUGGAGAACUGCAAAGGAACAAGUUCAAAAUAGUUUAUGUUGCUCCAAUGAAAGCUUUAGCCGCUGAAAUGGUGAGAAAUUUUAGUGCUCGGCUUAAAGAUUUGAAUAUCGUUGUGAAGGAACUCACCGGUGAUAUGCAAUUGACGAAGACUGAAAUCAUGCAAACUCAGAUGCUUAUUACGACACCAGAGAAAUGGGAUGUUGUGACCAGAAAAUCAACUGGUGACAUAGCAUUGUCACAGUUGGUUAGGUUGCUUAUUCUAGAUGAAGUACAUUUGCUAGAUAGUGACAGAGGUCCUGUUUUAGAGGCUCUUGUGGCACGCACAAUAAGAUUGGUGGAAUCGCAGCAAUCCAUGAUUCGUAUAAUAGGUUUAUCUGCAACGCUGCCAAACUAUCUUGAUGUGGCAACGUUUUUACGAGUCAACCUCUCCAAAGGGCUCUAUUUCUUUGACGAUAGAUUCCGCCCAGUCCCCCUCUCGCCCACUUUCAUUGGAGUCAAAAACAGGCAUCCUCUGCAACAAGUUAAAGAUAUGGAUGAUAUAUGCUACAAAAAAGUGGCUGCUCUAGUUGAGAAACAUCAAGUGAUGGUGUUUGUUCAUGCUAGAAAUUCUACUGUGAGAACAGCUACUAUACUACGAGAUUUAGCUAUGAAAUAUAAUGAAGCACAUUUAUUUACUGAUAAAUUAGAUUCCUCAGAAUUUGCAGUAGCCAAAAAUAAUAUUUUUAAAUCCAGAAAUAAGCAAUUGCGAGAGCUCUUUGAAUAUGGUUUUGCUAUUCAUCAUGCUGGAAUGCUGAGAUCAGAUAGAAAUUUGGUUGAAAAAUACUUCCGUCAAAAACUGAUAAAAGUUCUCGUUUGCACUUCGACCCUAGCCUGGGGUGUUAAUUUGCCUGCCAGAGCUGUCAUCAUAAAGGGUACUGAAGUAUAUGACUCAAAACAGAGCAAUUUUGUUGACCUCAAUGUCUUAGAUGUGAUGCAGAUAUUUGGCAGAGCGGGUCGACCCCAGUACGACAAGAAGGGGGAGGGCAUCAUCAUCACAUCCCACGAUAAACUGUCUCACUAUCUAUCUAUGCUAACGAGGCAACAUCAAAUAGAGAGCAGAUUUGAAGAAAAGAUUCCCGAUAAUCUCAAUGCGGAGGUUGCACUAGGCACUGUGACAAGCAUUGAGGAGGGCAUUGAAUGGCUGAGUUACACUUACAUGCAUCAACGGAAAAUGGGAAAUCCUUUGGCUUAUGGUUUGAAACCAAAAGAUGUGAAGGAUGAUUACUUACUGAAAAAUCACAGAAGGAAACUCCUGGAGACUGCAGCCUUGAAGUUAGACAAAGCAGCCAUGAUUAGGUAUGAUAUGAAGAAUGGGUAUCUUCAUGUGAGUGACACGGGACGGACUGCCAGUCAUUUUUACAUUAAUGUGGAAACAAUAAUUCGAUUCAACAACAAACUGUUAACAAGUGAUGUUCCAUUUCUCUAUGACGGAGAAAUAUUUGGAUUGAUCUCUGAAGCUCAAGAGUUUGACCAGCUUAAGGUAAGAGAUGAUGAAUCAAAUGAGUUGGAUCAGUUGUUGCAUCAGUGUCCUCAUAAUGUUCCUCUGGGAUGUGAGAAUCGCGAAGGAAAAGUUAAUAUUCUGCUUCAGACUUAUCUUUCUAAAAUUUCGAUUGAGGGAUUCUCUCUUAUAUCGGAUCAGCAGUACGUCAUCCAAAAUUCAACUCGUAUUGCCAGAGCUUUAUUUGAAAUAAGUCUACGAAAAAGUUGGGCACUCCUCACCAGCGCUUUCCUUAAAAUCUCGAAAAUGUUAGAGAAGCAGAUGUGGAGCUCUGAUCCCCCAACAUUUCAGUCACCUCUGCAUCAGUUUCCUGAACUCAGUAGAGAUGUCUUGAAAAAAAUCGAUGUGGCGUGGGAACGCCAGCACAUGACUGUUGAAAGAAUGCUCGAAUUGGAACCUGAAGACAUAGGUAUCAUGACACGCUGUUUUCGAGAGAGGCACACUAUCAAGACUUGUCUGCAGUACAUACCCAAUUUGUUAAUCACUCCUGUUGUCCAGCCUAUUACAGACUGCAUACUUCGAAUAACUUUGAAUAUUGAACCUGAUUUUGUGUGGUCUGAUAAGCAUCAUGGUUCUGGAUCAGAAGCAUUCUGGAUAUGGAUUUGUGAUCCAGAUAGUGAUCGUAUUUAUCAUUUUGAGUACUUCAUACUGCCCCGAAAACAAGUGAAAUUUAAAGAAGCUCAAACAUUGGUGUUUACAAUUCCUCUGAGGAGAGAUGAGCAGCCUUCAUGUUAUAUAAUUCAUGCAGUCUCUGAUCGUUGGUUGGGAUCCAACAGGGAAUUUUCAUUUCCAUUUGAUAAUUUGAUCUUGCCUCAGCAUCGCCAAACACACACAGAGCUGUUAACACUGACACCUCUGCCCAAAUCUGUUCUUAAAAAUGAAAGGUAUGAGAGCCUGUAUAAGUUUGAUUAUUUUAAUCCUGUUCAGUCACAGAUAUUUCAUACUCUGUACUACACGGACAACAAUGUACUUCUUGGUGCUCCCACUGGUUCAGGAAAAACCAUAGCGGCUGAAAUCGCCAUGUUCCGGAUUUUCAAUGAAUAUCCAGCCUCAAAGGUUGUUUACAUUGCACCUCUUAAAGCUCUAGUUAGAGAAAGAAUUGAAGACUGGAGAGUUCGAUUUGGAGAAAAUCUUAAAAAAAGUGUUGUUGAGUUGACUGGAGAUGUGACACCUGAUGCAAAUGCUAUUGCCCGAGCAGACAUCAUUGUGACUACGCCAGAAAAAUGGGAUGGCGUCAGCAGAAGUUGGCAGACUAGAAAUUAUGUGAAAGCAGUUGCUCUCAUUGUCAUUGAUGAAAUUCAUUUGUUAGGCGAAGAUCGAGGACCCGUUCUCGAAGUCAUCGUGUCUCGGACCAAUUUCAUUUCUGCUCACACUGAAAGAAAGCUGAGGGUGGUCGGACUUUCGACAGCUCUGGCAAAUGCCUGUGACAUUGCAAAUUGGCUGGGAAUCAAGGAGAUAGGUUUGUACAAUUUCCGGUCAUCCGUGCGACCUGUACCACUGGAAAUCCACAUUUCUGGAUAUCAUGGAAAGCACUACUGCCCGAGAAUGGCCCUCAUGAAUAAGCCUACAUAUCAAGCUAUUAAAACCCAUUCUCCUGACAAACCAACUUUAGUAUUUGUCUCGUCGAGACGUCAAACUCGCCUCACUGCACUCGAUUUGAUCUCAUUUUUAGUAACUGAAGAAGAGCCUAGGCAGUGGUUGCAUGUCAAUUCAGAUCAUGAAAGCCAAUCGAUAAUAAGCCUUGUGCGAGAUCAGAAUUUGAAACUGACUAUUGCUUUUGGCAUUGGUCUCCAUCAUGCCGGCUUACAUGAAAAGGACAGAAAACUAGUGGAAGAACUCUUUUUAAACGGGAAGAUUCAAGUUUUAAUUGCAACAGCCACUUUAGCAUGGGGUAUUAAUUUGCCUGCACAUCUUGUGGUUAUCAAAGGAACAGAAUAUUUUGAUGGCAAAGUUCAGAGAUAUGUCGAUUUUCCUAUAACAGACGUGAUGCAGAUGGCAGGCAGAGCGGGACGUCCUCAAUUCGACACAACUGGAGUAGCCGUGGUCUUAGUUCAAGACAUCAAGAAAGGAUUCUAUCAGAAAUUUUUGCAUGAACCUUUUCCUGUUGAAUCAAGCCUGAUAGGUGUUUUGCCCGAACAUUUAAAUGCAGAAAUAGUUGCUGGCACUAUAAACUCUAAACAGCAGUGCUUAGAUUAUCUAACUUGGACUUAUUUCUUUCGAAGAUUGUUGAAAAAUCCCACGUUUUACAGGCUAGAAGAUGUUGAAGGUGAAAAGAUCAAUAGUUUUUUGUCAAGUUUAAUAAACCACUGCCUGAAGGUGCUGUCAGACGCAAAGUGUGUUGUUAUAGAUGAUGAUGAAAGAACAGUCUCCCCCACAGUGUUGGGAAAAAUAGCAUCUUAUUACUAUUUGAACCAUAAGACAAUAAUGGUGUUUACGCAACAAAUACAUAAAGAGGCUACCAUUGAAGAAAUGCUUCAAAUCAUGUGUGAUACUCAUGAAUAUAAUGAACUUCCUGUGCGCCACAAUGAAGAUGCACUGAAUAUGCAAUGAUAGAUGUAUCCUCUGAUAAAGGAUGGUUGGGACCGACUCUUCUCUCGAUGUUACUCUUGCAAAUGGUCAUGCAGGGUCGUUGGCAUAGGGACAACACUCUCCUCACGCUCCCUUUUGUUGAAAAGCAGCACUUGUCUUGCUUCAGAUUCAGCUCUGAAAAGAAGAGUGAGACAGAAAAAAUGUUGAUUGAUUGUUUGCCUUUGUUGAUUCACAAAGUAACUAAUAAAUAUGAAGUGUUGGCAACUGUUUUGCGAGAUGAAUUUGAGGAAAGCCAAAUCAAUGAGAUUUAUUCAACACUGAUGGAUUUACCUGUGAUUAGCGUUUCAGCAUGUGUGAACGGCUGGUGGGAAGAUUCAAAUGUCAAAGAAGCGAAACAGCUUAAAUUUCAAAACAAUCGAGGAGCUUUGCCAGAUGGGAUAGAGGUGCAUGCUGAUCAAGAAUAUGUGCUGAAUAUCUCUCUGAAACGUGUGAGCAGGCGUCGAAAUGACAGGAAAGCCAAAGCACCUAAAUUUCCAAAGCAAAAAGAAGAAGGAUGGUUUCUUGUUCUUGGAAAUAUUGAAACAAAAGAGCUUAUUGCUAUGAAGAGAGUAGGAUACAUUGGACAACCAUCCUCACAUCAGUUGAUGUUCUACACUCCUGAUUCUGUUGGAGUGGUGUCUUAUAAGUUGUAUAUAAUAAGUGACAGCUACCUGGGACUGGAUCAGGAAUAUGAUAUGCGCCUUAAUGUCAUUGAAUCGAGCAUCAAAGCUCAAAUAAACACUGAACUCUCCAGCUCAGAUGAGGACGACGAUUCUUAAGAAUGUUACCAGAAACUAAAUAAAUAUUUAUAUUUUGUGGUA